CUUUGUUAGCUGGUGAACAUCAGAGAGAGCGGACCAGACCAGACUCCCACCCCCCCCCCCUCUAUCAAUGCACUGAACAAGAAAAUGAUCAUCUGUACGAAGAAAAUGGACUACCCCAUAGGAAACCAGUGCCAGCGAGUCCAGAACCAGGUGGUGAAGAUGAGCUCAGAGAAGGAGCGGUCCCAGCUGCUGUGUGUGAAGGCCCUGGCCAGCAGGGGGCGCCUGGACUCAAUCACACAACAGAUGGGCUACCACCCGCAGUACCUGGAGAGCUUCCUGCGCACACAGCACUACAUCUUGCACAUGGACGGCCCCCUGCCUCUGCACUACCGCCACUACAUUGCCAUCAUGGCUGCUGCCCGGCACCACUGUCGCUACCUGGUGUCUCUUCACUCCGCCCACUUCCUGCGGGUGGGCGGGGACCCCUUGUGGCUGCAGGGCCUGGACUCCGCCCCCCCGCGGCUGCGCAGCCUGGACCAGCUCAACAAGGUGCUGGCGCACCGGCCCUGGCUCACCGCGCGGCAGCACAUCGAGGCGCUGCUGAAGAUCGCCGAGCAGUGCUGGUCCCUGGCGGAGCUGGUGCAGGCCGUGGUCCUGCUGGCGCACUGCCACGCGCUGGCCAGCUUCGUCUUCGGGGCGGGCCUGGAGCAGGACACCCCCGAGCCCCCCGGCCUGGCCAGCUACUGCUUCUGCGACGCGGCCAACGGCAACGCGGCCGCCCCCCCCGAGGGGCUGCGCUCCGCCCGCCGCAGGUCGCUGGACUCCAGCUGCGAGGGGGGCUGUCUGCAGGAGCGAAUCCAGUGGGUCCAGGAGGAGAAGGAGAGACGCGGCGAGAGGCGGAUUAAUGCACAGCCCCUCCUGUACACAGAGCUGGAGGAAGAGGAGGAGGCGCCGUGCUGCGCAGACCCUUCACGCUUUGUCUCGGACCCCGAGUUUGGAUAUCAGGAUUUCGACCGCAGAGAGGAGGACCACUUCCAGGUGUUCAGGGUGCAGGACUAUUCCUGGGAGGAUCACGGUUUCUCGCUGGUGAACCGGCUGUACUCGGACAUCGGCCACCUGCUGGACGACCGCUUCCGCACUGUCACCAGCCUGCCCAACAGCGUGCUGUCCGGCGGCCAGGGGUCGGAGGUCAAGAGAGCCAUCUGGAACUACAUCCACUGGAUGUUCGGAAUCAGGUACGACGACUAUGACUACGGGGAGGUGAAUCACCUGCUGGAGAGGAAUCUGAAGCUCUACAUCAAGACUGUGACGUGCUACCCUGACAAAACCAAAAGCCAGCUCUUCCCCCGGCCCUGGAAACCACUGAAACCAGCAGAGAAGGUCCAUGUGAACUUGCUGAUAAUGGAGGCCAGGUUGCAGGCGGAGCUCCUGUACGCCUUGAGAGCCAUCACCCAGUACAUGAUCGCCUAGGCUGGGAGAGGGUGCGCGCGUGUCUGUGUGUGCGUGAGUGCGUGCGUGCGUGCGUGUGUGUGAGAGAUGAUGGGGAGGGGGGGGGCACGUUGGAGAGAGCGAGAGAAAAACGCACCUUCCCCUCCCUCUCCCCCAACCCACUCCCAACCCCCCCCCAGGGGAAGAGAUGGGAAGUGCACUUGAAGGAGAGCGAGAGUGGGAGCAGAGCAUGAUGGGACUGCGCGAGAGUGCGAGGGCGCAGAGGGAGAGUGUGAGUGUGAAAACAGUGGAGGAGGAGGAAGAGUGAGGCAUUCAGCAAUACAGAACUGUUAGAACAGUACCUUGAUGGGAGACCGCGUUCUUUAGUCCUGGACAGGGAGCCUGUUCAAGUCUAGUUUGACGGGACUCUUUGCAUUGCUUCCUUGUUUGUUUUUUCUCUUGCUGUUAUUUUGUUUUGCCACAGCUGUGAUGCUGUGACAGGUAAUGUGCAAUUAUUAUUAUAAUUAUUAUUGUUAUUAUAAAUCUCUAGACUGUGAUGGAAGCUGAAGUGGGGCUCAGAGAAUUGUGCACCGGACACCGUGUGACAGAGUGGGGUUAGUUUUGCUGUUCUGUUUUUUCUUUUCCACUUUUUACGGUUGCGUUGUUGCGGCGCGCCACCUGUGCGGUACAGUGACUGAUCACUGCUCGUAUCACCGGGAUCUAAAUGGUUGUUUUUUUAACUUGGGAGAUUUCACGCAGCAUUUCAAACUGAAGAAAUUCAGAGAUUGUUCUUUCCCCAAAUUGUUCUUUUUGUCUCGGCACCAUCCCCUCCCCCCACCAAAAAAAACAAACAACAAACAGAAUGGUCCAUCUGAAUGGCCAUGAGACAGACACAAGUGGAAAGGUCAAAGGUCAGGGCUUUAGGUUUUAGCAACAUGCAGAAGGAAGACCUACUCGAACAAAAACACUAAAUAGAACACUUUUACAUAAGCUAUUAAGCUCCUUAUGAUGUUAGAAAGCUAAAACUUUUGUUUUUGCAAAUGAGAAGCCCUGACAGUAAAACAUAAAAGUAUUUAAGCAGUUUGCUUUUCUCCCAACAUCCUAUAUAAAUUUCUAAAUGCAUCCUAGCACAAAACCCACACCUACCCAACUAUGACAUGCGCCAUUCUCUGGUGCUCUUCACAUCUACUGUUUUAAACAAAAUCAACUGACCUGUAACACUUCACUACCACCCAAAGAAUCUUUUUUAAAAAAAAAAAAGGAAAAGUGGAUGAAAGAUUUCCUGUUUGUGAAAUUUAAUUUUAAGUGAAGAAAAAAUAUUUUGUUUUGAGUAGCUCAUAUAAACCUCAAAACAUUUGCAGCUGCUGAAGGCAGCUCGAAUGAAGGACCGUCUCUCUGGACAAACGGGGAACUCCCUGAUACUGACAUGCUCAUUGGCUGUUGGUUGGACAACUGUGGGCAAGCUGUUGGCAAAGCAGAUCUUUAGACAGAACCAGGAAGGGCUGAGGGAGAGGUGCCGUCUGGAGCACUACAAGGCAAUAACAGCCAUUAUGAGCCUCUUGCCAUGAGACCUACUCAUUCAGCCUGAGUGCUUCCAGGCUGCUGUGACAGUGCAGGUGAAACAAUCAUCUCCCAUUCUGUCUCGGUGUGAUCAGACAUACUGGUCUUGGCAGGAAUGCUACAGACCUUGACAGGAGUGAUGUGACUCCCAUGGUUUACUUACAGAUAACCCCGGUGCGUUUAAAAAAAAAAAAAAAAAAAGCGUUAUGGUACGACUUGGUAUUACAUCUCUGGUCCCCACCAAGAAAAAAAAACAACAACUUUUGUUUAUCGUUAUUUUUGUUUUAUUUUGUUUUUGAGUUCGCUGCUAAACUCCACCCACUGUAUUGUUACCCUGAAUAUUUCAGAGGCAGUAGGUUUGGAAGGCCCAUUGCGGGCGCCUUUGUUGAAAAAGAAUUUGCAUCUCUUAUCUCAAACAAAACAAAAGAAGAAAAACAAAUGCACAUGUCUUUGGUCUGAAUGAUCCGUGAAUCCUUGGGAUUUUGACUGUCUGUGCUCCCCCCCCAUGCGUUAAGCACAGGUGCCUUUGUUUCGGGGUGGCCUGGAGCUCUGCCCCUAUCCGAAGCCAACUGUACUGUACGCCCGCUGCCAACGUUGUGCUGCUGGCUGUGGGGGCACAGGGAGCACCAAAUGAGGCCAGCCCACAUGCUCUCUCAGCUGUUCUCUCCACACUCUCAAGCCCAGCAGCCACAGCUUUACAGGCGGACUGAACUAAAGAGCUGCCAUUCAGCUCCAUUCCUCGGCCCUCUUCGUCUGGAGGUCAGAGCUGUGGUUUCGGCCUUGGACUGGAAUCUCCAGCAGUGAGGACGCUGGCCAGGGACUGUAGUUUGUUUGCCAGUGGAAUCAAAGAGACAUUUCUGCCAGUCUGCUCCAGCAGCUGUUACUCCUGCCCAAGUGCACCCAAUCACCGUUGAGGACUCCUAAAACAAGCUGUUCACACUCCGGGCCCUGUUCCGGGAGGUCAGGGCAGAACGGAUGGGGGCACUUGAUACCAUCACUGGAUUAUUUUCAUUGGCCACCGAGACUGCUUAGUGACAUCACAAUGGCACAAUCCAAUCCCCCUUCCCCUACCGCGAAAGACUGGAGGGGAAAAAAAAACUGGAGGGCCACGCCCCCCUCCCCCACCUAUCAGAUGGUGAGCUUCAGCCAUCACUCACAUGGCUCCGCCCCCCCAUCUUCAGCAGAGCAGCGGCACAGUGCAGACCCCGAGGGUGACUGAGGGUGCAUGGCUACAGCCUACUUGUUCAAUAUUUACCGCGUAAAUGUAUGGACAUAAAAACUGAAACAAAAAAAAUUGUUUUUGGAAACAAGAAAGAGACUUAUUUUUUCUAUAAAGAUAAAUAUGUUUGACAUGUUCGA